AUGAAUGAGUGUGUGGUUCGUAUGACACAGUCUAUAUUACUCGGUUAUGUUAUUGAUUAUUUUGGUGGCGGUGAUCUAAUACAAUAUGACCAUGCUUGUUUGGCGGCCGGAGGUGUUUGCCUGUGCGCUAUGUUAACCACUGUUUUGGAUAAUGACAGCAUGGUACGUUUAAGCCAACUGGGAAUGCGCGCCCGUAGUGCCUGUUGUACUCUUAUGUAUAAAAAGUCACUCAAACUAAAUCAGUUAUCAUUGGGAAAGACUACUGUGGGUCAGAUGAUAAAUUUAAUGUCUAACGAUGUAAAUCGAUUUGAUCAGUUUGCAAAAUUCUGCAAUUAUUUAAUCAUAGCGCCAAUUCAGUCUGGCAUCAUCAUAUAUAUAAUGUACAAUUAUAUGGGAUGGGCGAGCUUUGUGCCUGUUGCUUUACUAGUUUUAUUAAUUGUAUUUCAAUUUUUUAUGAGCAAAAUGUUUUCAAAAGUCAGAUUAAUGACGGCAAAGCUCACUGACACAAGGCUUCAGCACAUGGUUGAGAUAAUAUCGGGUAUGCGUAUCGUUAAAAUGUAUUCCUGGGAACAGCCCUUCGCAGACCUCGUGGCGGAGGCACGAAAACAGGAAGUUUCGUGUAUACAAAGAUCUUGCUUUUUAAAGGCAAUUAACAUGUCGCAGUAUAGUUUGAUACCUAAGCUGAUGGAAAGCCCGUAUCCAAUCAUUAAAAAUAUUUCGGUACAUUUAAAAGCCGGGGAUUUAUUGGUUGUUAUCGGACCGGUGGGGGCGGGAAAGAGCUCACUCUUAAUGACAAUUCUAAAAGAACUGCCGGUUCUGUCGGGAAGUAUAGAAACGGUGGGAUCGAUGAGCUACGCCGCGCAGGAGGCCUGGAGUUUCAACACUAGUGUCCAAAAUAAUAUACUUUUUGGGGCCAAAUAUAACGAAUCCCGAUAUAAGCGAGUGGUAGAGGUGUGUGCUUUGGUGCGAGACUUUGAGCGAUUCCCGUUCGGAGACAAGUCAUUAGUCGGUGAGAGAGGAGUACAGCUAUCGGGCGGACAGAAAGCCCGCAUCACGUUAGCCAGGUUCGGUAGAGCUCUGUACCGAAACUCGGAUAUCCUAUUAAUGGACGACCCGUUGAGUGCUGUUGACACUAUCCAACAUUUAUCAUGUAUUUGCGAUAUAAUGAACACCAGAUGUAUAGUCGACUACUUGUGCGACAAAAUCCGUAUUCUAGUCACACAUCAAAUCCAAUUCAUACGAAAAGCGACACAAAUAUUGGUUUUGAACGACGAGGGAAAGUGUCUGGGAUUGGGAUCCUAUGAUGAGCUCCAGUCCCGGGGCUUAGACUUCAUGUCUAUUCUUAGGGAAGCCGACAAUAAGGCAGAACAUCAUUUGGAAGACAGUUAUGACAAUAAAAUAAAUGCCCAGGGCACUUUAGUUGCCGAGAAUUUGACAGUAAACGUGCCUAAUGAAACAAACAUUAUCGAACCAAAAAUAAAUGACGAGGGCCGGCAAACGGGUUCAAUUUCCGGGAAUGUAUAUUGCACAUUUAUCAAGGCGGGCGCCGGACCUUGGCUUUAUUGCUCAGGCUAUUGUGCAUGGAUCGGACUAUUUUUUAGCACAAUGGUGUGUAGAAAGACUGACAAAAAUCAAAACAAGGCUAACAUUAAGACUUCUGAGCAGAACAGAGAUGCGAUUAUCUACUCUUCACUGAUGGCCGCGCUGUUCGUCGCAACCCUAUUGAGAGCCAUCACAUGGUUUGUGAUGUUUAUGAGGGCUUCAGUUAAUCUCCACAACACUAUAUUCUAUCGUCUAUUACGGGCCCCGAUAUCUGUGUUUGAAAAAAACCCAGUUGGUCGCAUAUUAAACCGCUUUUCAAAAGAUCUUGGUACGCUCGAUGAGCAACUACCAACUACAUCGCUUGAUUUAAAUUUGAGUUUGACUCAUGGUGUAGGCGGAAUGAUAAUGAUCACGAUUGUCAAUCCAUAUAUGAUUAUACCAUCAUUCAUCUUAAUUGUAGUGGUUUUGGCAGCUAGGGCUGUUUACAUCAAACAAUUUUACAUCUACCAAGAUGAUCACUCGGCCACCUGGAUGCUUGUCAACACUGCUGGUUAUGCAUUUGCCUUAAUAAUAGACGGACUGUGUUUUCUCUAUACAGUCAUAAUAUUCGCAGUGUUUAUGGUAUUCCCUGAAGAGUUGGGCGCGGGUGAGACUGGACUGGCCUUAUCAUCAGCCUUAAUGUUGAUGGGAUUGACUCAAUGGGGAGUCCGACUGUCGGCUGAAGCGGAGAGUCAGAUGACUUCAGUCGAGCGCAUCAUUGAGUACUCAAAACUACCACAAGAGGCGGCCCUCACAGCACAUGACAGCCAUAAACCCCCUCCCGAUUGGCCACAGAGGGGACAGAUAGAGCUUAAGGAUGUGAGUCUAUACUACUCGGGAUCAGACAAACCGGUGCUCAAGAGCUUGAAUUGUGUGAUCAAUGCGAGCGAAAAGGUAGGCAUCUGUGGCCGGACGGGCGCCGGCAAGUCGUCCAUCAUAUCAGCGCUGUUUCGUAUGGUUGAGCCAAAAGGGGAGAUAGUAAUGGAUGGCAUUAACACGGGAUCAAUAGGUUUGCGUGACUUGCGGUCUGCCAUCUCAAUCAUACCUCAGGAUCCGGUGGUCUUCACGGGAAGUGUCAGAAAAAAUUUAGAUCCUUUCGGCGAAUACAGCGAUCAAUACAUAUGGAGUGCCUUAGAAGAGGUGCAGCUGAAGGGGCCGGUGGGGGACCUCCCGGGCCAGUUGGACGCCCAGUUGGCCGAAGGGGGCGCUAAUCUGAGUGUAGGUCAGAGGCAGUUGGUAUGUCUGGCGCGGGCUAUACUGCGGCACAAUAGGGUACUAGUGCUGGACGAGGCGACCGCUAAUGUUGACCACAAAACCGAUGCCUUAAUUCAGACCACAAUCCGUCACAAAUUCAGUGACUGUACUGUCCUUACGAUCGCUCACAGACUUAACACUAUUAUAGAUUGCGAUCGCGUUUUGGUGUUAGACGCGGGAGAGAUCAAAGAGUUUGGCGAACCGUUUGUGUUACUGCAACAAAAGGGACAGUUGUAUGACAUGUGCCGCAAGACUGGCCGACAUAUGUUUAAUCAUUUACUAAAUAUGGUUAAAAAAUCACAUGUUAUAAGACUUAAUGCAACACAAAUCGACGGCGAGGACAUCGAGACUGUCCUGAGACAAAGAUAUUCAUUAAGACUGAAUAUGUUUAAUAAUAAUAUUUAA